ACUGCAUCAACACAGAUCUUACAAUAGGGGGUUUAAAUUGGAUACCUUUCACGCUCGAUCCAGAGGCGGACGCUACGACUCAACCCGUCCAAGACAGCGCACGACCUCCCGCGCAAUUCUACUCAACCCUUGGCUCCAAUUGACUAAUCACACAUACAGUUUGAACGUACAUAUACCUAACUCCUCACGAACUCAUAGACGGCUUUUCCCGCAUAGCUGCUAUGGAGACCACCUAGGUUGCGCAGCCAGGAUUAAAUUUCGCAGUUUGUGGCCUUCAACUUGCGCCUUUAACAACCAUUUAUCUUCCACAGCACUCUUAAACGCUGGACUAAUAGCAACCGGGUACCAUGAACGGCGACGUGCGACCUGAUGAUGGAGGCGCAUCGACGGUCACCAGCGGCAUUCCCCCACGGAUGACGACGCCAGGAGACGGCGCCGCGCCCUCCUCCCAGCUGCCCGCCUUCCCCUCGCUCACCUCCUUCUCCUCCUCCCUCGCAAGCCAGCCCUCGGGCCUGUCGGGCGCCCCCCGGGCUCGCGGCUCGGGCGCCCCCCGCCGCAUCCCCUCGCUGUCCAAGCAGCUGGAGGAGCUGGUGGCGGAGCUGGGGGCGACAAGCCGGUGUACAGUGUGCUGGUUGCCAACAACGGGCUGGCCGCUGUCAAGUUCAUGCGCUCCGUGCGCUCCUGGUCCUCCCAGACGCUGGGCGCCCCGCGGGGGGUGAGCCUGGUGGCGCUGGCCACCCCGGACGACAUGCGGGUGAACGCGGAGCACAUCAGCCUGGCGGACCAGUUCGUGGAGGUCCCCGGCGGCACCAACAACAACAACUACGCCAACGUGGGGCUGAUCGUGCAGAUCGCGCUGCGGGCGGGGGUGGACGCGGUGUGGCCGGGAUGGGGCCACGCCUCCGAGAACCCCGAGCUGCCCACCGCGCUGGCGCAGUACGGCAUCCGCUUCCUGGGGCCGCCCGCGGGG